AUGUUACUUCGAUACUUUCUGAUCUUUGCCUUCGCGUCUGUCGCAGCCGCUACUUUUUUCGGCUUAAGCACAACGACCCUUCAGGCAAACAACCUGCGACAGUUCGAUGUUUAUUGGAACGUGCCCAGCUUUAUGUGUAAACAAUACAACGUGAUAUUUAAUAAUCUCGAGAAUUACGGAAUUCAUCAAAAUAAAAUGGAUGAAUUUCGCGGUGAAAAAAUUGCAAUCCUUUAUGAUCCCGGAAUGUUUCCGGCGUUAUUAUCCGAUAAAUCUGGAACUAUAAAAAUAAGAAACGGUGGUGUUCCUCAAGAGGGUGAUCUGAAGAAACACCUCGAGAUAUUCCAGAAGCACUUGAUUAAACAAAUCCCAGACGGGUCGUUUAGUGGCAUUGGCGUGAUAGACUUUGAGAGCUGGCGGCCGAUCUUCCGACAAAAUUGGGCCUCUCUCGAGCCUUACAAAACUCUGUCUGUAAGACUGGAACGUAAGAGACAUCCUUUUUGGAGCGACAGCGCCGUGAAAAAAGAAGCAAAGCGUCGCUUUGAAAAAUACGCCAGAAUAUUCAUGGAGGAGACUCUGAACAUGGCAAAAAAGCUACGCCCUAAAGCCAAAUGGGGUUAUUACGGCUAUCCUCAUUGCUUUAAUCAAACUCCUGGUCAGCCUACUGCACAUUGCAAUCGUCAGGCUAUGGUAGAGAACGACGAAAUGUCUUGGCUCUUCACACUCGAGAACGUACACUUGCCUUCCGUAUACUUGAGACAAGAGAUCAGAGGGGAAGAUCGGAUGGGCUUCGUGAAGGGUAGAGUGUCCGAGGCGCUUCGUAUGGCAGGCAAAAUUCCGCGCAAACAACUAGUCCUUCCCUAUUGCUGGUUCAAGUAUCAGGAUAACAGAGAUCACUUUUUAAGUGAGAAAGACACGGAGAACACGUUCAACACGAUCGCCAACCUCGGCGCUAACGGUUUGAUUAUUUGGGGUAGUUCUGAAGAUACAAAUACGGAACAAAAAUGCAAGGACCUGUUACAGUACGUGACAAAGAUUCUGGGACCGGCGAUAAAGCGAAUCAAUCAAUAG